ACAUCCCUCCCACUUGCUUGACUUGGCCCAGAGGCGAGGUUUAACGUUUGGGGAACAAGUCCAGGAAGCUGCGUGCUUUGUUAACACAUCAAAUUAAUGUAGUUUAAAAUAUCUUUACUUAUUUUAUCUUCGAAGUAGUGGAAACACGGCCGUGGUUUGGCUUGUGAAUAUCCGCCUAUCUGUCGGUGCCCUCCAGGACUCUUCUAUAGUGUGUGCAGCCGUACACACCCCAACUCCUGGAAAUGGCAGGUCUCUGUGGUCUCAAGAUUCUGCUGCUGUGGGCCGGGAUCGUUAGUAUAGCCAACUGUCAAGCUACAGCUCCAACCCCAGGAGGUGAUUCUGGCGGUGGAGAUUCUAAUCAUAGCGUAGGAGGUCAAACUGCAGAUCCAAUCCUAACAAGCACUGUGACAGAUACACCCACUGUCACGCAAAUAGCCACCACCAAACCUGCACUCACCACAACAACCUACAUCUCAAACUCCCCAAAUCCAACGACCAUUUUAACCACCAUGACUGAUGUUUUAACCCUCUCACCUACACGCACAAAAUCCACUUUACCUGCAAUGACGAGUUCAUCUGUCAACACCUCACCUCCACGCACCGUGACAGAUACAACCACUGUCACGCCAACAGCCUCCCCCAAACCUGCACUCACCACACCAAACACCAUCUCAAACUCCCCAAAUCCAACAACCAAUUUAACCACCAUGACUGUCACUGCUCCUCCUACAAGCACCUCUCCUCCACCCUCAAGUUCACCCUCUCCUUCACCCAAACCCAACCAGAAAAUAACCUCUCAAACAAACACCACUCAAACCGAGCCUGCAAACACCACCAUCACCACCACAGUGACUCCUGCAGCCCCAGAUCCUCAACAUCAACAGUGUUCUUACAUUGUCACACACAUGAAGUUUGGCUUCCUGAUCAACGUGUCAAUGAAUUCUACAACCAACUACACCAACUACACCAUCAACUUAAAUGAAACAAAUCAAAUGGACAAACCCAUCAGUCAAACCUUCAAUCAGAGCUUUCAUGAAGUGAAACACCUAAAGCCGUGUACUGAAUAUGAACUCACUCUGACAUUCACUGAUAGUGCUGGUGAUGAACAGCUUUGUGAAGCUAAAAGUAAAAACACGACCGUCGGAAUGAGUGAAGAUGAGGUUAAAGUUGAAGUUGAUGACACCUGCAUGCCUGGAUAUGUUUGUUACCUAAGUGAUUGGGACAUCACCUCUUCUCUGUCACCGUGGUAUAACGUUCUAACUGAGCAAUGCAAAAGGGACAAAAAGACGUUCUGCAUCAAACCUCAUUACAACGACAUAUGCACAGAUUUAACUACAACCUUCACUUCUGGAAACUGUUUGACUUCCUUUAAUCUCACCAGAAGCAUCCAUGUUGAUUUCUUGGAUUCAUUUGAAAUAAAACAGACGGCUUCAACUGAUUUUCUAGCACCGAUUGACGCAGAAUUACCUCCAAACUGCACCGAUCUCAACGUUAACUACACCUGUCGUGAAGUCGAAUUAAACCACACGGAGAACCGGUCUGAUCUGAAGCCUUUUACCGACUACAGCUGCAGCGGUCAGGUUAAGAACGGCAACGUCACCGUGAAGAACACGACCGCUGUCAGCUUCAGGAUCGACUGUGAUUUUACAUUAAACUUCACAUCUCGUACUUCCACCAACAAGUCCAUUCAUUUGAGCUGGAACACCACCAGCAGGAAGUGUGGACGUGUCCUUCCUGAACUUAAGAAGCUUUCUUAUGAAUGCAGUUGUUCUCACAAACGCAGCAUCUCUUUAUUUCGACCAGGAAAACAUGUUGCAGCUCACUGGAUUGGAUCAGAACGAAAAUGUGAUGUUGAUGCACUGGAGCCGUUCACUAACUAUACCUGUGAGGUCCAAACCAAAUACGACGGGACAGUGAGACAAACAGAUAAAGUUCGAAAGACAACUGAUAUUGGAAAACCAGAAGAAGUUACAUCCCUGACGGUGGAAACGCAGGAUAAUAACGUGUUAUCAGUAACUUGUGGACAUGGGAAACUUCAUGGGAAUCUGGAGCGUUUCACUGCAACUCUGAUUAACGGUGCGGGCGAGCCCAAGAAGCUUAAAGAAGAAACAUGCAAGUUUGUAUUCAAAGAUCUGAGCUACUCAACGAAAUACACAGUGGAGGUGAUUGUUUGCAAUCAAAAACUUUGCAGCGAACCCAAAGAGAAAUCUGCUACCACUUCCUAUAAUGAAAAAGCUGUCAUUGGCUUUCUGGUCUUCCUCAUCAUCAUUACAUCUGUGGCUCUGCUUUUGGUCGUCUAUAAGAUCUGGAUUCUGAAGCGCAGAAAGUCCCAUGACCUUGUAGAAAGCAUGAGGCUUAUUUCUACAGCAAAUGAUGAGGAGAACCUUCUGUCUGUCGAGCCGAUCGCAGCUGAAAUCCUACUGGACGCUUACAAGAGGAAGCUUGCUGAUGAGGGAAGACUUUUCUUGGCUGAGUUUCAGAGCAUCCCCAGAAUCUUCUCGAGGUACACCGUGAAAGAGGCCAAGAAGUCCUGCAAUGUCCCCAAGAACCGCUACGUGGACAUCCUGCCAUAUGAUUAUAACCGUGUCCAGUUGACCACUGGAAAUGGAGAUCCAGGAUGUGACUACAUCAACGCCAGCUUCAUUGAUGGGUACAAGGAAUCUAAAAAGUACAUUGCAGCCCAAGGGCCGAAGGAUGAAACUGUGAGUGACUUCUGGAGGAUGGUCUGGGAGCAGCAGUCCUCCAUCAUUGUCAUGGUGACACGCUGUGAAGAGGGAAACAGGGUUAAGUGCGCGCAGUACUGGCCGUCUCCAGACCGGGAAACAGAGAUCUUUGAAGAGUUUAUAGUGAAGCUGAACUCAGAGGACUUCUGUCCAGAUUACACCAUCCGCCAUCUCAGCCUAACUAACAAGAGGGAGAAGAACUCAGAGAGGGAGGUGACCCACAUCCAGUUCAUGAGCUGGCCGGACCACGGCGUCCCCGGGGAGCCGCAUCUCCUCCUGAAACUCAGAAGGCGCGUUAAUUCUUUCAAGAAUUUCUUCAGCGGCCCCAUCGUCAUUCACUGCAGCGCGGGAGUCGGCAGGACUGGCAGCUACAUUGGCAUCGAUGCCAUGAUGGAGGGUCUGGAGGCAGAGGGCAAAGUGGACAUUUACAGCUACGUAGUUAAACUCCGUAAACAGAGAUGUCUAAUGGUUCAAGUCGAGGCCCAGUACAUCCUGAUUCACCAGGCUCUGUUGGAACACAAUCAGUUCGGGGAGACUGAGAUCACUGUUUCUGAGAUCCACAGCACCCUGAGCACGCUAAAAAUAAAAACCACAGAAUAUGAACCCACCUUAAUGCAAGAGGAGUUUGAGAGGCUCCCCAUCUAUAAAAACUGGAGGACAUUCAACACAGGGAUCACAGAAGAGAACAAGAAGAAGAAUCGCUCUUCAUCUGUCAUCCCAUAUGACUACAACCGCGUGCUGCUGAAGCUGGAUGAAGGACGCAGUCAUGAUAGUGACCCCAGCGAGGAAGACGAAGAAGAGUCAUCCGAUGAGGAGAGCGAAGAGUCCACUGUAUACGUCAAUGCCUCCCACAUAGAUGGAUACUGGGGCCCACACGCCCUCCUCGCAGCGCAGACUCCGCUGCCAGACACCAUGGCUGAUUUCUGGUUGAUGGUUUACCACAAGAGAGCAUCUACUAUCGUCAUGCUCUCCGACUAUAAUGAGGGAGAUACGGAGUCCAACUGUGUUUACUGGGAUAAAGACAAGAAAACAUUUGGGGACAUUGAGGUCGAACUGGCCAGCACGGAGACCUCCCCAUCCUUAAUCAUCCGCAACAUGCUGAUUCGCCACAUCAAGAGGAAAGAGAGUCGGCCGGUGAAACAGUUCCAGCUGCUAAAGUGGGCGAGCGGCAAUCUGCCGGAGAAAGCUCAGGAUCUCACAGACAUGAUCAAGUACAUCAAGAAAAGCUCUGGAAGCCAGAAAUCACAGAAGAGCAACCCUAUUGUGGUGCACUGCAAUGACGGCUCGUCCCGUUCAGGGAUUUUCUGUGCUCUGUGGAACCUGCUGGACAGCGCUGAGACGGAGAAGCUGGUGGAUGUUUUCCAGGUGGUCAAAACUCUACGCAAGGAGAGACAAGGCAUGCUCUCCAACCUGGAGCAGUACCAGUUCCUAUACGAGGCCCUGGAGGGGGUCUUCCCUGUCCAGAACGGUGACGUGAAAGCAGUGCAGGCCUCGGCCUGCGACUCUGUCCAGGUGGUCAAUGAAACCAAAGCAGACCAGCAGGUGGCAGAGGAGAAGGUCGAGCAGCCAGACGGCACUACCAACGACAACCAGCAGGGGGAGGCAGAGACCACUCCUCUUGUUGAUGAAGGAGGGAAGGAAGACAAAAAAGAGGAGCCUGAAAUAGAGACAACGCCACUGAAGGACAGCACCGUCACUGUGGAGGUUUAAGUAGUGUGCCUUUUAUUUUUGAGAAUAUGCGCUUUAGUUGAACGCUUUGUUUUAUUUCUUAACUGUAUGAAUGUAUAAACAUUGUAAAGCUUUCACACAUUGUGUUGAGAUUUGCUAAAGAAUUUGCUAAAAUAUUAUGUCAAUUUCCAAAAAUAUGGAUUUUCUAAGUUAUAAAUAUUUUUAGUAGGAAAAGUAUAAGAAUGCAAAGAAUUUUUGUGAGCAAAGUUUACUAGAAAUGCUGUCAUCAAACUAGGGUCCUUGAUGAGAAAUGUUUUACUUAUACAAGUGCAUGUUGAGAUUGAGUUAGUGUCUGUAUUCCCCUAAAUAAUUCCUAAGAUUGCUUUAUCAUCUAAACUUACACACACACGUAUAGUCGCUAAGUUUGUGUGUCACUGCAUCAUUUCAUGAAAAGUCUUAUGUAUGUUGAGUACAUGCAUUUCAACAAUAAAGUUUAAUUUGUCUGCAUGAGGUAACUUCAUUUAAAUCCCCUUCUUACUAUAAACCAUCAUCUGCAUUGACAUUUUCUGCAAUAGUUAAAAUGGUUUUGAGGAUUUAACAAUCAAAGACAAUGUCACAUACAUUCAUCGUUGUGAUGAAUAAUCACAACGAUGAAUGUAUGUGACAUCGUGAUUAAGAAAUGUUUUACUCAAAAUCUGUCAACUAUUGC